AUGCCCCACGCUCGAAAUAGGAACCCCAGCCCCAUCCCAGAGGUAACAUGGGACACGGGAUUGAAGGAGAUGAACGAGACCUGGAAAGGAGCGAUUGCCUGCCUCGGGGUGGCCGUCUUCUUUGUGAUGACUAUAGGGAUCAUUUACUGGCAAGUGGUGGACCAGCCCAACAAGAACUGGAUCCUCCGCGGGACUUUUAGUGGACUCAUCUGGGAGAGGAGGACGCACUCACUGGUCAUCCAGACACUGUCCGAGGACACGACAUACGUGGAGAUAGAUGUGGGCAACGUGGGGAACCAGGACUUGGAGGUGCCGUUUGUGAGAAACCUGUGCUGGCUCAAUAAGACUGAGUUCUGCUACACCUGGGACUCUGUGGCUGAAGUGAAGAUCUCCUUAGAAGUCAAUGAAGAUACAGAGAGCGAGUGCUACAGCAUGAGCUGGACACCGGUGCACUGCCAUGUGCAGCUCAAGGACUGCUUUUCUAUGGCCAAUAUGUCUUGGUACGGUGGAGCCAGCGUGAAGGGACAGACGUGGCCCAUCAAUGACCAGAAUGCAACUAUGCAGCCUUUUAUUGUGAGCGAUUUGAAGAGCAACCCGUCCGGCUUUGGAUCUGUUCUCGAGCGCUACUUCCUGGGAUCAUCAGCGUUGAGCACCAUGAGUCCACGACAGGAGAAAUCUGACCCUACGGGGGGUACGCUGUGGCGUAGUUCCCGGGGUGUGAGGGAAGCCCUGUGGAUGCUGGUGUUUUCUUAUCCCCUGACCCCUCCCACACCCAUUUGUCAGUGUGGGGUCUUCAGGCAGCUGCCCCUCAACAAGUGCAAGCUGAAACUUUGGGACUAUGACUCACUUAAGAGGCGCUUUGUUAAGAGUGUGUUGUCCUCUGACACUUGGAAGCCCCUCUCCCGGCCUCUCCCCAGCCCCUCCGGCCUCAGCCCCGGCCCCAGCGUCAGCCUCAUGGACAGCGACGACGAAGCGUUGGAGGAGACCGUGGAAGGCCCUUUGGAUGAGGACGGUCUGCCCCAUGGCUUCUGCACCGUCACAUACUCCUCCUGCGACCGCUUCGAGGGACACUUCACCCACGGAGAAAAGAACGGAAAGGGAAAGUUCUACUUCUUUGAUGGAAGUACCCUGGAGGGCCACUACGUGGAGGACGCGCUGCAGGGACAGGGCGUGUACACGUACGAGGACGGGGCGCAGCUCUGUGGGACCUACGCUGACGGAGAACUGAACGGCCCGGCCACAGAGUACCACAGCGACGGCCGCCUCGCCUUCAGGGGCCAGUACAAGGACAACAGCCGCUGCGGGGACUGCGCCAUCUACUACCCUGAUGGCGGCUGCGUGUUGGGCCGUGUGAAUGCAGACGGCGAGAUGACGGGGAACGCCGUGGCCUACGUUUACCCCGACGGACAGACGGCGCUGUGCGGGACGUUCAUGGAAGGAGAACUGAUCGAGGCCCGACUCGCCACUGUGCUCAACAGUGACACCCAGAGGCCGAAGUUUGAACUGGCUCCCAACAGUGCAGUUUACACGUAUGACAAGUCCACGUCCAGCUGCAUCACUGCACACGCUCUGCUCCCCGACCCCUACGAGAGACACAGAGUGUACGUGGCAGACUCUCUGAUCCCAGGGGCAGGUCAGGGGCUGUUCUCCAAGACUCAGGCUGAGGCCAACACCGUCAUGUCCUUCUACAACGGAGUACGCAUCACACACUCUGAGGUAAGACCAGGAACCAUCAAGACCAUCAACACCAGGGCCUCCCUGGGCCUCCCUGGGCUGGUGUGGCUGCAGGGUGUCAUUACAACCUGA